GGGACAGACAGAGAUCCCGAGAACAGGUGCUAAAGCUGCCCCAGCCUUCCAGGCGAGGUUAGGAUCCCACAUCUCAGCGAGUGCCUGCUACUGUUUCCGGCCGCUCCCUAGUGAGGCUGCGCGCUGGAUGCCGAAUGGCUGAGACGCCUGCUCUGCUCAUUCUAGCGACUGCGGGCGGACCGACUCGAGCCCGGAGAAAAUCCUAUCAUCGUCUUGCUGUCACCGGAGUCCGGCAGCGCCAUGGUUUCUUGGAUCAUCUCUAGGCUAGUGGUGCUAAUAUUUGGCACUCUUUAUCCUGCCUAUUACUCUUACAAAGCGGUAAAAUCAAAGGAUAUUAAAGAAUAUGUGAAAUGGAUGAUGUACUGGAUCAUAUUUGCACUCUUCACAACAGCAGAGACGUUCACAGACAUUUUUCUUUGCUGGUUCCCAUUUUAUUAUGAACUCAAAAUAGCCUUUGUAGCUUGGUUAUUGUCUCCCUACACAAAGGGCUCCAGUCUUCUAUAUAGGAAAUUUGUACACCCAACUUUAUCUUCAAAAGAAAAGGAAAUAGAUGAUUGCUUAGUCCAAGCAAAAGAUCGCAGCUAUGAUGCCCUGGUGCAUUUUGGGAAACGGGGGCUAAAUGUUGCAGCCACAGCUGCUGUAAUGGCAGCUUCCAAGGGUCAAGGAGCGCUGUCAGAGAGGCUCCGGAGUUUUAGCAUGCAAGAUCUUACCACAAUUAGAGGAGAGACCAGCAGCACUGCAAUUCCACUGUCUCAUGCCCCAUCAGUUUCUGCACGGGCAAGUAGCAAGCAGAGUCAGUCGAAAACUUCCAAAAUUGCAUCAGACGGUAUUGGACAUUCAGGUUAGUAGGAGUUGCCUGCAGACUUAAUGGUUAAAAUUUCCUCCUAUCAUCAAUUAUUAAA